AUGAUUUCUUUAGCCAAUGUAUGUUUAAAAUCAAUUGAAUUAUAAACUUACUAACCUAUUUAGUCAUUAUCAUUCUUGGAUAACCCCAAUAUUAAUUGGAAAUCUGUCAUUAUUGGUUUUGGUAUUGGUCAAUUUUUAUUUCAAAGUUAUUUAGAAUAUAGACAAUUAAAAGUUUUAAAAAAACCUUCACCACCUGCAUCAAUUAAAGAAGAAGUCAGUUUAGAAAAAUUUCAAAAUUUCCAAAAAUAUUCAAUUGCAAAAUCUAAAUUUUCAAUUUAUUCAUCAAUUUAUGGUUUAAUUCAAGAUUUAUUAGUUAUUAAAUAUGAUGUUUUACCAAAAAUUUGGACAUAUAGUAAUCAUUUAAUGACUAAAAUUUGGUUACCUAAAUUUAUGGGAGGUUCAAUAACCCAAUCUAUUAUAUUCAUUGUCGUUUUCCAAUUGGCUACUUUAUUUACUAAAUUACCAGUUUCAUAUUAUAAAAAUUUUGUUUUAGAAGAAAAAUUUGGAUUUAACAAAUUAACUAUUAAAUUAUGGGUUACAGAUACUUUUAAAUCACUUGGAUUAAGUUUUGUUUUAGGAACUCCUGUUUUAGCAGCUUUAUUAAAAAUUAUAGAAUAUUUCAAUGAAAAUUUUGUAUUUUACGUCAUGGGCUUUGUUUUAAUUAUUAAUUUAGUUGCAAUGACAAUUAUGCCAACUUUAAUUAUGCCAUUAUUUAAUAAAUAUGAACCAUUGAAAGAAGGUGAAUUGAAAACUGCCAUUGAAGAUUUGGCUAAACAGCAAGCAUUCCCAUUAAAUAAACUAUUAGUUGUUGAUGGAUCAAAAAGAUCAUCUCAUUCAAACGCAUAUUUUAUUGGGUUACCAUGGUCAAAACAAAUUGUUUUAUAUGACACUUUAAUUGAACAAACCGAAUUAAAAGAAACUGUUGCUAUUUUAGCUCAUGAAAUUGGCCAUUGGAAAUUGAAUCAUUUACCGAAAAUGUUAGCAUAUGCAAUGACCCAUACAUUUUUACUUUUUACAUUAUUUGGAAAUUUCAUUAAAAAUAAAUCAUUAUUUCAAUCAUUUGGUUUUGGAAAUCAACAACCAAUUUUAAUAGGAUUUUUAUUAUUUAGUGAUAUUUAUGGUCCAAUUGAAUCUAUACUUACAUUCCUUGAUAAUUAUAUUUCAAGAUUUCAUGAAUAUCAAGCAGAUGAAUAUGCUUUACAAUGUGGUUAUGAAAAAGAUUUAGCAUUAGCUUUAAUCAAAAUUUCUAAAGAAAAUUUAAGUGGUAUGGCUGCUGAUAAAUUAUAUUCAAUUUAUCAUUAUAGUCAUCCAAUUCUACCAGAGAGGCUCGAUGCGUUAAAUUAUGUUUCAAGUGAGAAAAUCAGUAAAUAA